UCAAAGAAGAGAGAGAGAAGCAUUUAUGUCCAAACUUUUAUUUUCAAUCACUCAUAGCCAAACUUUCUUUAAUUCCUUGAUUCACUCAUCCCUCUUUUCUGUCUAUAAUAACAACUUAAAGAAAGAGAAUUAUUCAUCUAUAACAGUUUUAUUCGUGUAUGUUUUAAAGCAGAGGUGCCCAAACCAGGGCCCGCGGGCCAAAGUUGUUCCGCUGCAACCUUUAUUUUGGCCCGCGAUGCCAUAUAUGGCAAGAUAGGGAAAACGGUAACCAUGCAGAUUUUAAUUUCUGAUUUGACAUAAUAUUUUAACAUUGUACAUGACAUGUUUUUGAGUGACAAUGAUGUACGUUAAAAUUAAAGGAUUAAUAAUUUAUUAUUAAGCGAAUUUGACUCUUAUUUACUGUGCAUGCGCACUGUGACUCGCAGAAACGGUGCGAUUUGCCACAAGGAACGUUAACAUUUAUAAUGGAGAGAGGGCGGCAAUGGCACACAGACAAGAGACAUUUAAAAAAAAUUGGCAAAAUGAUUUUCUUUUUACUGAGGUUAAUUCAAAGGCAGUGUGUCUAGUUUGCAAACAGUCAUUCGCUGUGUUGAAAGAGUACAAUAUUCGUCGUCAUUAUGAAACAAAACAUUCUUCGGCUUUCUCAAAGUACAGCGGAGAGGCACGAAAGCAAGAGGCUAACAAGCUGCUUGCUAAACUUCGAUCGGAGCAGAGUACACUGCUACGUCCUUCGUCAGCUCAAGAAAAUGCCACACGGGCCAGCUAUGGAAUUACUGCAUUAAUUGCUAAAAGUUGAAGGGCCUCGCAACUGGAGAGUUUGUCAAAGAAUGCCUUGCAGUUGCUGCAGAAGCAGUAUGCCCCUCUCAAAUAAGAUCAUUUUCGCAAAUCAGCUUGUCAAGGAAUACCGUUACCCGACGCAUAGUGGAUAUGGCAGAGGACAUUGGUGAGCAAAUCAAGGUAAAGGCAGCAGCCUUCUCUGCCUUUUCAAUAGCUUGCGACGAGAGCACAGAUAUAUCUGAUUCCGCACAGCUGUUGGUAUUUUUACGUGGAGUAAAUGAAGAUUUUGAAGUGACACAAGAGCUUGCUGGCACCGAGACUCUUUCAGGGACUACUAAAGGUGAGGACCUUUUCUUAGCUGUUGAGCGCGUGUUAAAAAAGAACGAAUUAAAAUGGAAGAAUAUGGCUGGAAUUACAACUGACGGAGCCCCAGCAAUGGUAGGGAAGAAAUGUGGCCUUGCUACGUUGGUGUCUCAGAAAGUCCAUGAGUGUGGGGGGAAAGUCGUGAAGUACCACUGUAUUGUACAUCAAGAACAGCUAUGUGCCAAAUCCAUCGGGCUUGUUGAUGUGAUGCGUGAAGUCGUCAAAAUUGUGAAUAACAUACGCUCCAAGGCGCUGACUCACAGGCAGUUCAAGGCACUGUUGGACGAGAUGGAUGCGCAAUAUGGUGAUGUGCUGUACCACCAGGAGGUUAGAUGGCUGAGCCGAGGAAAGGUUCUCAAGAGGUUUUUUGAUUUGCGUGAUGAAAUCAGAGCUUUUCAGGAAAGCAAAAACAGUAACUUCCAAGUGCCAAUGGACCAGAAAUGGCUUUCUGACCUUGCUUUCCUUGUGGACAUCACAGAGCUGCUUAAUGUUUUGAAUGUUCAGCUCCAGGGAAAAGACCAGAUUAUUACCCAGAUUUUCGAUCAUGUCAAAGCCUUCAAACAAAAACUACUGCUGCUCAAAAGACAUCUCUCAGCAGGUAUAUUGGCUCAUUUUCCCUGUCUUAAAGAGGCAGGAAUGAUGAAAGAAAAGUUACCAGAGUACGAUGCUGUUCUCAGCAACCUUAUCCAGGAGUUUGACCGUCGCUUUGAGGACUUCAGAAACAGUGCUGCUGACUUUGAAUUGUUUUCUCAACCCUUCACCAUCAGUGUGGACACAGUCAGUGAUGAUCUUCAGAUGGAACUAAUUGACCUUCAGUGUGAUUCAGAACUCAAACACAAGUUCAGGUCCCAACCGUUGAUAGACUUCUACAAAUGUGUCCCAGCAAACAGGUACCCAAAGAUGUGCAAACAGGCACAAGUGAUGCUGUCUCUAUUUGGCAGCACCUACAUCUGUGAGCAGACAUUUAGUCUGAUGAAUUUGAACAAGUGUAAACUGAGAAGCUCACUAACUGACUCUCACCUACAUAAUGUACUGACUUUGUCAGUAAGUCAGCUCCAGCCCAAUUUGGAAAAACUCUUGAAAAAUAAGGACCAGCUUCAUGUAUCUCAUUAGAGGAGACUGGCUGCACUGCUUUUAAUUGUUAUUUGUAUAUGUGACUGUUUCUGUGUUUUUAUUGUACACAACUUUGUACAAGGCACUGUUUCUAUGUUCUGAAUGUACUUUAUAUAGUGUAGAUUGUAAGUUAUUGAAUAUUGAAUUGUAAUUUCACUGAAUUGUAAGUUCCUAGUUUCAUUGAACUAUAAACCUUGGAAUAAAAACUGCAUUCAUUAUACAAAUCACAGAGUAAUGUAUUUACUUUAUCAAAUGCUAAAUAAGUGAUGAAUAAAUGGGAUAAAACUUUAAUUUAAAUAUUAUACAGUUUGGUAUAAUUUCACAGAUUUUUCGGCCCACAGCCCUCAGUCAAAUAAUUUUUUUGCCCUUCAUAGGAAAAUGUUUGGGCACCUCUGUUUUAAAGGAAUAGUUCACCCCAAAAUGAUGUUGAUGUAUUCAAACCUGUAUGAC